CCACUUGGGGAGGGUAAUCAAACGGCCGGAUCAGCCGCUGAUCAUGAGCAAGCUCGUAGCAGCUGACCUCGUCCAGACAGCAAACGCAUGUGGGUCGAAGAAGCUUCCCGGGUGCUGCAGGGCCGCCUCUCCAAAGUCUUCCCCACCACUAUCACCAUCCUCCUAAUACAUAGAUAUUAUUAUUGACGCGUCCCCUCUACCGGCGCAAACCUGCGUGAUCGUAUGGAAUAUGAUAAUGCAAAGGAACUUUGUCAUUAGUUAGAUGCGCUUGUUUCACAUUCUAGUAGUUUGCAGUUCUCAGCUAGUGGUGAUUCAUAGGUUGUGAAGAUGUUCGAUUGUGGUUACAAAGCACAAUUUAUAAAUGGGCAGAGAGAGAAGUUCAUCAGGCUGGAGGAGUCAAGCCCUAGGUAUUCCGUGGCUUCUUCUGAUACAGGAAGAACGAAUAAGCGUGGGUUCAACAUAUUUGGGUUUCAUGGCAUAUCGUUUGAUCCAUUAAAACCUUUCAGGAGAGGAAUGAAAAAGGGUUCUACAGGGAUCGAAUCACAUGGUCAAUCUCUUCCAUUUGGUACUUCGAAGGCGGUUUUUCCUGAAGAUCAUAAGGCUUCUAAGAAGAAAAUAUUUGAUCCGCAAGAUAAAUUCCUUAUAAGAAUGAACAGGCUUUUUGUCAUGUCAUGCAUUAUUGCUAUUGCAGUGGAUCCGCUAUUCUUCUAUCUACCAGUAAUAAAUGAUAAUUGUGUUGGAAUAGACCGAAGAUUGGCUAUAACAUCAACAAUUGUGAGGACAAUUGUUGAUUCUUUCUAUCUCAUGCAUAUGGUUCUUCAAUUCCGUACUGCUUUCACUGCUCCAUCUUCUCGGGUAUUUGGUAGAGGUGAAUUAGUGAUUGACCCUGCACAGAUUGCUAGGAGAUACUUGAGAAGUUACUUCCUCAUGGACUUUCUUGCGGUGGUACCACUUCCACAGAUUGUAGUUUGGAGAUAUCUUCAAAGUUCAGAAGGAUCAGAUGUAUUGGCUACUAAAAAUGCAUUGCUUUUGAUUGUUGUUCUUCAGUAUUUCCCCAGAUUCUAUCGGAUUUUUCCUUUGACAUCAGAGUUAAAAAGGAAAGCAGGUGUCUUCGUUGAAACUGCUUGGGCCGGUGCUGCAUACUAUCUGCUAUGGUAUAUGCUAGCUAGUCAUAAUGUUGGCUCUUUUUGGUACUUGUUGUCUGUAGAACGUGAGAAUGAUUGCUGGCAUUUGGCUUGCAAGAAUUAUAAUGGAUGUCUUGACAGUUAUUUGUAUUGUGGGAAUCGUCAUCUUAAUGGUUAUGACACCUGGCUCAAUGUUAGCAACCAAGUUCUUGGUAACCAAUGCCCAAAUAAUGGUAGCACACAGCCUUUUAAUUUUGGUAUAUAUGCACAAUGCUUGCAGUCUGGAGUAGUUCAAUCAAAGAAAUUUGUUUCCAAACUCUCUUUUUGCUUCUGGUGGGGACUUCAAACUUUGAGUACUCUUGGCCAAGGGCUUCAAACAAGUACAUAUCCUGGAGAGGUGAUCUUCUCAAUAGCAAUAGCUAUUCUUGGACUCAUUCUCUUCGCCCUUCUUAUUGGUAACAUGCAGACCUAUCUGCAGUCGGUAGCAAUACGCCUAGAAGAAAUGAGAGUUAAGAAGCGUGAUGCCGAGCAGUGGAUGCAUCACCGACUACUUCCCCCAGAUCUCAGAGAACGAGUCAGGCGGUAUGAACAGUACAAGUGGGUGGAGACACGAGGAGUUGAUGAGGAAAACUUGGUUCAGAGCCUUCCCACGGACCUUAGGAGGGACAUCAAACGCCACCUCUGUUUAGGUCUGGUCAGAAGGGUCCCUCUGUUCGCGAACAUGGAUGAGAGAUUAUUAGAUGCAAUAUGCGAACGCUUGAAACCGAGCCUCUACACAGAGAACUCAUACAUUCUAAGGGAAGGCGAUCCCGUGGAUGAGAUUGUUUUCAUAUUACACGGCCAGUUGGAGAGUGUUACCACUGACGGCGGCAGAAGUGGGUUCUUUAAUCGGGGUAUGCUUAAAGAAGGAGACUUCUGUGGGGAGGAAUUACUAACCUGGGCACUCGAUCCAAAGUCCAGUGCUAAUUUCCCCACUUCCACUAGGACCGUUCGAGCCCUGACUGAAGUUGAAGCCUUUGCUUUAGUUGCUGAAGAACUAAAAUUCGUGGCGGGGCAGUUCAGAAGGCUCCACAGCAAGCAAGUUCAGCACACAUUCCGAUUCUACUCGCAGCAGUGGAGGACGUGGGCAGCCUGCUUUGUUCAAGCGGCGUGGCGGCGGUAUUCCAAGAGAAAGGCGGCGGAAUUGCGACGGAAGGUAGAAGAGGGACGACUCCGAGAUCAUUUAGUUAGUGGACACACAAGCUUCGGGGCAACCAUCUACGCAUCUCGAUUCGCUGCUAAUGCUCUUCGAGGAGUUCAUAGAAUGCGGAAUCGAAGCGUUAUGGAGAUGGUGAAGUUGCAGAAGCCUCCCGAGCCUGAUUUUACCGCCGAAGAUGCCGAUUAAGGUGAUUGCUGACUGGUGAAGAGAAGAAACUUUGCGGUAUUCUUCGAUGCUCUUUCAUUUUGUAAAUGAAUUCACGUCUGUAGAAUAUGCUUGGAGGGUUAUUUUUUUAUAUAUAAGUUGAUGUUAAAAGAUCUGAUUGUUUUGUCACUACUGGGUAAUGUUGUGCAUUAAUGUUGUGAAUUAUUUCACUUCCAACUAA